AUGCUAGUGCGGUUAUGGUUGGCGGUAUUAAUGACCGAGUUGUUGACGGUGGUCGCCUUCAAACCACUGGAGGCUAAUUUAACACGCGAUGGACACUCAUUGAAACAAAUGAAUGUUGUACCUCCCGAUUCUGAUUACAUUGUCCCAGUAACCAAAUCUAGAACAAAGUUCCUCAUUUUGAUACACCAAGACUCCGACCGGAAUCUGUCCGUGACCGUCACGCCGUCGUGCAACUCCAUGCUCAACUGGGACUUGAAGUUUAUACCUCUAACAAAAUAUAACCAAACAGUCAUCAUAUCAAGGAACAAUAGUAAGUCGAGUGAUAUAGGAAGGUUACUCAUAGAAUACACUGGUGUAUCAAUACCUGCCACGUAUCAACAUGGCAAAGCGAAAAGAGGUCUUUACGUGAUAUCAGCCCAGACGACAACAGGUGAAGAUUCAAAGGCUAUGUUUUACGUUGGGCUCAAUCAAAAUUCACAAAAAAAUCAAUUUGGCUUCCGUCCAAAUGGAGUUAAAAUCAAAAAAGGCGGUCAAAAAAUUUAUUUAAGAUGGAAUCUAAGCCAUAUAGAUCAUCAUUUAAUGAAGUACAGUCUUGUGAUCAGCUCGUCAAAAAUAUACUCGACGAUCUGUGAAGCUGAAAUGCGUUUGGAAGAAAAACUAAAAACAAAUUUGACAUAUACUGAGGAUGAUUUACAACCUGAAGACAGAUUAGAGAUACAUCAUCUGGAACAUAACACAAGCUAUACGAUGACUGAUUUAACUUAUGAUGAAACGUACUAUUUUACUGUAUUUGUGUUCCACGAACUUCAUAUAGCCACACACCAUGCCAACGCUACAUAUAAAUUUCAGAAAUCCAAACCCAUUGGACUAAAAGAUGCGAGGCCCAGAGUUAUCAAUCUGAGAGCUCAAAAUGGAAAAGCAUCCUUCAGGUACAAGGUGGGAAAUAAAAGGCAGUUGGAAAAAGAUUUCCACCCUAACACAUUAUAUUGGUACGUCAUGCCAUGCGAUGGAGUGGUAUACGUUGAAAUCCGUUGUAGAAAAACGUUAUUAAUAAGCAAAAGAGUUUUUGGUUACGAGAAGUUCAUCAUAAACAACACUAAGAGUGGAGAAAGAUACGUGUUAAAAGUGGAAUCCGUAUCUGUAGAUGAGACUCAACGCAUCAGAUCAAUUGAGGUGAUGGCCACCGUACGACCAACGAUGAUUCCAAUGCCAGAUAUGCCACGCGACCUAAGAGUCCAACAAUAUGUCGGAUCAGACGAUUGUAAUUCGGUGAAGAUCGGUUGGUUGUCCGCGAACUCGUUGACUGAUUUAAAAUAUUGCGUGUACGUACAGGAGAAUAGUAACAACUUAGAAAGUGUAGAUUUUUCAGUCAAGCCAGAUCAGUGCAAAGUUGGGUACGGCAAAAUCAGGAGAAGCGAUGUUUCUAAUAAUUAUCGAACGAAGACUCGAUGUUACAUUGGUGAUAAAGGGAUAGUUUUAGUAGAAAAGAUACUCAAACUUAAACCGUUAACGACCUACACCAUUCAAGUGACAGUUACUAAACCAAGAGGAAGAACGCUAUCGUACGAUUUACUAAAGUUGGACACAAACGCGUGUGGGCUUAACUAA